AAAUGUAAAAAAUAAAAAUUAAGUAUUAAUAGGUAAAUACAUAGAAAAUGGGUGCCAUUUACGUAAAUGACCCAUAUAGAGAUCCCGUAAAGGGUGGAGCAGAGGAGAACCGCCUUUUUCAUGGAGUCGUGGCGCUCGUGGGAGAAGAUUAGGAGAUGUAACCGACCGCAAUAAUUGACCAAAUUCGACUUUCUUCUCCACCCCUCCCUACUCUUCAAGCUUCCUUCAGCUCCACUUCUCAUCUUCUUUCUGCUGCAGACCACCCACUUCCACCCUCCUCUCAACAAAUUAGCAUUCCUUUUAGGUCAUCCGCCCGCCGCUCUUCUUCUUCCUCGAUCUCUCUCGGAGACAAUGCUUGCCGCCAAGACCAAGUAAGCGAUUCCUCAUUAUUUUGAUCUGAUGAGGCCAUGUGCUUCCGUUUCUUUCUUUUCUAGCAAGCAAGAUGCAAUUUCCUGCUGCUUAUCGGGCGUGGUUUUGCAGAUCUAGUUCAUCUGAUACUCAUAAUGGGAAAAACACACAGACUACUCCUCGGAGUAGUAAAUUAUUCAGAGGAGGAUCCACAAAAUCUUCAUCUGGUUCACCAAGUCUAUUCAGAAGUUCCAGCAGUUUUCUCGAUCGAUUUUCGAAAUCCAUCGAUGAUGCCAAACCGACCACGGAGCGUCGUCCAUCGAAGAUCAUUUCAUCUGCAGAUAAACUGCCCCAUCCUACCAAAAAACCAGAUUUGCAGCCAAAACUUAUUUUUGUACAGGAAGAACUUAGAAGGACAAGAGAGCAAAUGGCGUCAGUUGAGCAGGAGAAGAUAAAAGCAGGUGAAGAGCUGAAUUUUGCAAAGAGAACUGCUGAAGAAAAAUAUAACAAGCUCAAUGAAGCUCUUGCCGCUCGAAACAAAGCAGAGGAGGGUUCAAAGAUUGCAAGCAUAAAGGCAGAUGAGAUGGAGAAAAUUGGAAUAGGAGCUAUGAGGAAGAAAGAAGAGGAAUUCCAAAAGAAAAUUGAUCACAUUCGAAAUCUGCAUAAUUUGGAUGUUUUAGCAUUAGAUUCUGCAAAAAUGGAGCUUGAAAGGGUGAGGAAGGAACUUACAGUGGCUUCUGAUGCUAGAGAUAGAGCCAUUAGCCACUCCAAUGAUGCAAUGAAGACUGCUGAGAUCAAUGCAGAAAAGUUUGGCAUCUUUUCCUCUGAGAUUAACCAGCUUAAUGCCUUCUUAGAUUCAGGGAUGGAUAGUUUAAGCAAUGAGAAUCAGGAAAUUGUUGAGAAGCUGAAUUUGGAGAUUGAUUGUUUGAAAUCUAAACUUGAGAAAACAAAGUUUACAGAUGUGAAGUUGGUGGAGAUGGAAGUACUGUUAGAAGCGAUUAAUACAGAGCUGAAUGUAGCGAAAACGGGCAAGUUGGAUGCCAUUAAAUUUGUUGAUGCCCUCAAACAGCAGGUGGAAUUAUUGUUAGUUCAGUUACAAGAAGCCAAAUUGUCUCAAAAGUCUUCAACACAUCUGUCAGAUUUGGUCUCUAAACAACUCGAAGAUUGUAAGUUGGCAUUAAGAAAUUCAGAAUCUGAGCUUGCUGCACUUAGAGAGAAGGUAAUUUCCUUGAACUUGGAAGCCGUUAAUCACAAAGAAGAUCUCAAAAAGUCGGAGAGACAAUUGAAUGAAGCAAACAUAGAAGCAUCUGAAAUGGCAAAAACAGUUGUUGCUCUAAAAUUAGAGCUUCAAAAUUUGAAGCAGGAGAAAUUGGAUGUGAUGGAAAAUGAUAAGAUUGUGGCCUCUGAGAUCCAAAGCCUGACAGAAGAGAAGGAAAAACUUAUGAAGGAGCUUGAAGCCGCCAGGAAUGAGAGUGAAAACAGUAAGAAAGCCAUGGAAGAACUAGCUUCAGCUUUGAAAGAAGUUUCUUUGGAAGCCAGAGAAACACGAGAGAUCCUUUUGGAAAAGCAUGCCGACUUAGAAAAUUUUUAUUUUCAGACAGAACAUUUGAGAUCAGCACUGAAGAACACUGAAGAGAGUUAUCAAGUUAUGCUUGAUGAAGCAAGAUAUGAGAUUAUUUGCCUCAAAAAAUCAAUCGAAAGAGCUCAGACUGAAGCUGAAAGCCUUGAAGCCGAGUUGAAGGUGAAAGAGCUUUGCCCAAGUAGUAUCAAAUUUGAGAAAGAAGAAUCUGAAUCAGAAUCAUUUAAAGGAGAAGACUGUCAAGUAGAAGCUAUAAAAAAGCUAUCUUUUUUACUUGUGAAACCCGAAGCGACAAAACCAAUGGACUCUGCUCUAUCAAACUGUCUCUAUGAGUAUGAAUUCCUUGAUUCCAAUGCAAUUCAUGGCGAAAAAACAAAUGCUACUUUAGGCGCGCAAAAUUACCUCGAGAGAGCAAACAAUGAAAAUGUGAAUGGAGUACACAGUGGCAAAGAUGAGACCUUGACAAUGGGUUCUAAGUUGGAUUUCCCUGCACAUGAAUGUAAUGUGAAAUCAAUAGAUGAUGAAGUCGAUUGUAGGACGGCCAGCAGGAGUUUCAGGAAGGUGAAUGUACUGCCUUCAAAAGAUUUUACUGGUGAUUCACUCAAACUCAUCAGGUUUGAGGAGGUGAAGGUGAAGAAGGCUUUGCUGAACAAGUUGGGUAAUUUUUUGAAGAAGAAAAGGAACUGUAAGUAAGGUAUGAAAUAUAUUAUAUUUCCCAAAUGAGUUUCUGCUUAAAAAUAGAGUUUAUGUACAUUCGAUGUUAUUAGAUACUAUUAAAAAAAGAAAAAAAAGGGUUGUUAGAUACUAUUAUGAACAGAUGUGUUACAUUAAUGGCU